CCAGUCUGUGUUGUCGUAGUGUUGAUAUGACUGGACAGCCUUUUUGCCUGGAUGCCAGGAUGGACUGGAGUCUGGACAGCUUCCCAGCGGCCAAAGACAAGUGCAGCGCUGAAGCGCAGGCCUGCAGGCCGGGCUGCAUUUCUUUGCGAAGAUUCAUAAAACCGAACUAGAGUUGGACCGUGGAGCUGGAGAGGGAUCACCUGUGCAAAACUAGUCAAAAGGCGAAAUCUGGAGACGGUUUCACUUGAUCCACAUUUUACAUCGGACUACCCACACCAAUCGAGGUCGUAGUAAAGCGGAGGCUUGCGCCGCUAUUCUUGUGACUCUUAUAGCUGACAAUUUGACGUUACAAGAAUGCCGUUUUCAAGAGAACAAAAAGCGAAGGCAAAGGCCGUUCGCUAUGGCAAGGGCGACGACGGCUUGGACUCGAUGGACAGCUUGGUGUGCUGCAAACCGGGCGGCUGCCUGAAAGAUGAGAAGAGCAUCGCCAGUGAAGACAAGCCUGAGACUGAGCGCGUUGUAUGCAGCUGGGAAGGCUGCACUCGAAGCGGAGUCAUGCACAGGGUGUGUUUCAACGAUUUCGAAGAUCAGGUGCUAACAUACCUGAAAGGCGCGGGACGCGCUAGAAGCUGGUCUGAAAAGCAACGACGGCAAAAUGUUUGGAACAAGAAAGGAUAUGACCUGGCGUACAAGGCUUGCAACUGUGAUUGUGGCAAAGGAUUCCUGCGCAAGGAUAUGGACUACAGGCCAUCUGUACUUGCGGACGGCGAGCCCACCUCCCUUGAAGAUGACAAACGAAAGAAAAAAUUGAAAAAAUCCAGUGAUAAGCCAGUCAUAAACCCUGGCAUCAAGUCACACACGCGUACACACAGUUCCUCGUCAGGCUAUUCAACCAGUUCAAGCUUGUCUGGAAGCAUGGGUGAUGUUUCAAACUUCAGCAUUGUUAGCGGCCAAUCGGGAGUGUCACGUAAGUCAUCAACGGAGGGCUACCUUCAGCGGCGGAUGGACAUGACUGCGUUUAAAAACGCUGUACCAAAGCAUCGUAUGAAUGCGUACAACGUGCGCAUGGACGAUGAAAAGGAUGCAGGUCCAGACGACUUGCGGCAAGUUGUGUCUACUGGCCUGAUCUCGCAUCGGCUUGGCAAGGUGCCUUGCUGUUUAUGCCGUAAACAGCUUCCCGUCUAUGAUCGGUAUCCAGUUGUGGAUGGUGUCAUAUAUCUGACACCAUUGGAGCCGAAGCCACCGCAGCGGCUCAUACCGCUUCGCCAUGAGUCUUCUGUUGUCUACCUGUUGGCCGUGUGCCUUCAGUGCAUUCUUGGCCCAAACCGCACCACAUGCAGUAGCUGCUCAGCACCAUGGAUUGGCGAGCAGCUACUCCUCGGCUCGAUAUAUUCGUUUGACAUCUUCUCGGCAUCUCCGUGCUGUGAGUCUCGCACCAUUUGUGCUCAGUGCCACGAGCCAGCAAUUCAGUUGACUGGUGCUAGCAUGCUGAGCUAUUCUCAAUGUUCAGGCGUGUUCGGUUGUGAAAACUGUGGCUACGAAGACGCUCAUCUUGUGCAGCCACUCUCCUCCUACGAUGUUUCUACGGUGUCGGCGGCGGCGGCGACCGCAGCCGCAGCCUCAUGAUGCGUGCGUUUCAGUCAAGUUGGUCAUACUACUUCCUGCUGUCUCUGAUCAGUGCACGCUCAUGCACUCAGGACUACUGCAUCGCAUUCAGCGGUCCACCGCCACCGUGAAUGUUGCCAGCCUUGAACCAAAAUCAUCGUCAUAAGAUCCGUGUUACGAUACUGACAAUGUGCAUUUUGGCAUGACCCAUCGCUACCGGCUAUAAUCCAGUAUUUCUCUCUCUUGUAUAUGUACACGUGCAUCUCAUAAAUCCACAGUCCACCCUCGGUGCCAGUCUCAUGUUAAUAUUUGAAUGCUGCUCGGACUUUAUGAUAUGACCACGACUCUUCUACUAAGUCAGGCAGUUGCGCUGCCCUUUUAACUUUUUCCCGAGAUUGUAUCCAUUAGAGUAAAUGUGUGUUAUUCCAUGUGGUGAGCAUAGUUUCGAGUAGUCAUUGAGAAGCAGAGAGUUGGUCUUAUUGAUAGCUAAACAUACUGCAUGCGUAUUAUUCCUGUUCCCCAGUAGCAUAGUCCACUGUUACUCAGCUUAGGGAGUCUGCAUUCUUCAUCAGCCAGCGUCAGAGCCUUCUGUACAUAGCCCACCGCUUGCUGUCUGAUGAUUGCCCUUAUGCGUUCGGAAACUCCAAUUUCCACUGAGCUAGACUGCUUUUGCCCUUCUCUGCCUGUGUAGCGUUUCAGCUUCGUGUGAAAUCAUGACUAUUCACUCACUUUUGGCUGUUUCAUGUGGUUGCUGGCAUGUUGCUCCAUCCUUGGCACUGAAGGUGUAAUUAUUGUACCUCGA